UUAGCCAUAAUCGCAGCUGUAUCACCUAGCCGUGAGACUAACCUUCCCCGGAUGGUAACUACUCUGCCAAACGUUCAACUCAAACGUUCUUCUAGCUACGUGGAUUCAGCUCUACCGGCCCAAUCCCGUCGGUGAAGAACUGAGAGGGCAAGAUGAUGAUACCGGAUGGAAUUGAGGACGAAGAGAAAUGGCUUGCCGAAGGGAUCGCCGGCAUUCAGCACAACGCCUUUUACAUGCACCGCGCUCUGGACGCGAACAAUCUCAGAGAAGUACUCAAGUACUCUGCUCAGAUGCUGUCGGAGCUUCGAACGUCGAAGCUUUCACCUCACAAAUACUACGAACUCUAUAUGCGAGCGUUCGAUGAAUUGAGGAAGCUGGAGAUGUUCUUCAAAGAUGAAAGCAGGCACGGGGUUUCGAUCGUUGAUCUUUACGAACUUGUUCAGCAUGCUGGGAACAUUUUGCCUAGGCUGUAUCUCCUGUGUACGGUAGGAUCCGUGUACAUUAAAUCCAAGGAGGCUCCUGCUAAGGAUGUCCUUAAAGAUCUCGUGGAAAUGUGUCUUGGCGUUCAACACCCGAUACGUGGGCUUUUUUUAAGAUGUUAUCUUGCUCAAAUCAGUAGAGAUAAGCUACCUGAUAUUGGUUCAGAAUACAAAGGAGAUUCUGACACUGUCGUGGAUGCUGUAGACUUUGUGCUUCAGAAUUUCAUUGAGAUGAAUAAGCUUUGGGUACGACUGAAACAUCAGGGACCUGGUCGGUCGAGAGAGAAGCUGGAAAAGGAAAGGAGUGAGCUUCGUGAUCUGGUUGGGAAAAAUCUCCAUGUUCUAAGUCAGAUAGAGGGUGUAGACCUCGAAAUGUACAAAGAUACUGUUCUUCCCAGAAUCUUAGAGCAGAUUGUCAACUGCAAAGAUGACCUUUCUCAAUAUUAUCUGAUGGAUUGCAUAAUCCAGGUCUUUCCUGAUGAGUAUCACUUGCAGACCCUUGAGACAUUAUUGGGUGCUUGCCCCCUGCUUCAGCCAACAGUAGACAUCAAAACUGUGUUAUCUCAAUUAAUGGACAGAUUAUCCAAUUAUGCUGCUUCAAGUACAGAUGUAUUACCUGAAUUUCUUCGAGUGGAAGCUUUUGCGAAAUUGAGCAGUGCUAUUGGGAGGGUGAUAGAAGCGCAGGUUGAAAUGCCCAUUGUUGGAGCCAUAACUUUAUAUGUCUCUCUUCUUACGUUUACUCUCCGUGUUCAUCCUGAUCGGCUUGACUAUGUGGAUCAAGUACUGGGAGCAUGUGUUAAGAAGCUUUCUGGCAAACCAAAGCUUGAGGACAGUAAAGCAAAAAAACAAGUUGUUGCACUUUUGAGUGCUCCCUUGGAGAAAUACAAAGAUAUUGUGAUGGCCUUGACACUUUCAAAUUAUCCCCGUGUGAUGGACCACCUUGAUAAUGAAACAAAUAAAGUCAUGGCAAUGGUUAUUAUACAAAGUAUCCUGAAAAAUACAUCUUGCAUCUCUACUGCUGAUCAGGUCGAGGUGUUGUUCGAAUUAAUUAAAGGACUCGUGAAGGACUUGGAUGGAACCGAUGUGGAGGAGCUUGACGAGGAGGAUUUUAAGGAAGAACAAAACUCUGUUGCUCGACUCAUUCACAUGCUUUAUAAUGAUGACCCAGAGGAAAUGUUAAAGAUCAUAUGCGCCGCAAAGAAGAAUAUAAUGAAUGGAGGACCAAAACGUCUGCCUUUUACUGUUCCUCCUCUUAUACUUUCAGCACUUGGGUUGAUUAGGCGAUUGCAAGGUCGGGAGGGGGAUUUAACUGGAGAAGAAGUGCCUGCAACUCCAAAGAACAUUUUUCAGAUCUUAAAUCAGGCUAUUGAAGCUCUUACCACUGUUCCAUCUCCUGAACUGGCAUUAAGGUUAUACCUGGAAUGUGCUGAGGCGGCGAAUGACUGUGAUCUUGAGCCUGUUGCUUAUGAAUUUUUCACCCAAGCAUUUGUGUUAUAUGAAGAAGAAAUUACGGACUCCAAAUCACAGGUGACUGCGAUACAUCUAAUAAUUGGAACUCUUCAGAGAAUGAAUGUAUUUGGUGUUGAAAAUAGAGAUACUUUAACACACAAGGCCACGGGGUAUUCGGCAAAGCUUCUAAAGAAACCUGAUCAGUGCCGAGCGGUUUAUGCAUGUUCACAUCUUUUUUGGGUUGAUGAUCUGGAUGGCAUCAAGGAUGGAGAAAGGGUCUUGCUUUGCUUAAAGCGUGCCUUGAGGAUUGCAAAUGCUGCCCAACAGAUGAUCAAUAUUACGCGUGGUAGCAGUGGGCCAGUCACACUCUUUGUUGAAAUACUGAAUAAGUACCUCUAUUUUUUUGAAAAGGGAAACCCCCAAGUUACAAGUGCAGCAAUCCAGGCUCUGAUCGAAUUAAUCACAACCGAGACGAAGAGUGACUCCACAGCUCCCGACGCUGUUUCAGAUCCUUUCUUUGCCAGCACACUGCGGUACAUUCAAUUCCAGAAACAGAAAGGUGGUGCAAUGAGUGAGAAAUAUGAUUCCAUCAAGGUUUGACUGGAUAGUAUGUGCUAAGUUAUGCCAUUGAAUGUGUGGGCAAGCAGGAUGGAAGUUGUUUGGGGUUGAGAGUAAGGAAAUGAUAAUUUGCUUGUUAUUCCUUAAUAAAAAAAAUAAAAAUAUUUUAUUUA